AGAACUACCAUCCCCAGCAGCCGGCAGAGAAAGGCGGGGCCGGCGUCACGUGGGCGCUCGGCCUGGGCGGGCUAUUUCUCAGUGCGGCGGCGGCGGCGGCGGCUCGGGGGACCGGGGCCUUUUGUUUGGAGCGGCUGCGGGGGGGCCCCGGAGCGGCGAGGCCGGAGGCCUUCCCCAGCUCGCCCGGUCCCGGCACACCCUCGAGGGGGUGGGGAAGCCGCCCCCUGGGCCGGGCCUCGCCUCAGGCGCCGCCGCCCCGCCCCAGGCCCGCCCCGCCAGGCCUGAGGGGAGGAACCCGCCGGGCCUUCCCGCGCGGCCCAGACACCGCUGGAGUCGCCGCCGCUACCCCACUACCCUCCGUGCUCCGGUCCCGAGGCUGCCCUUGGUGUCUUAGGCAAACGCCAUGAAGAUCAAGGAUGCCAAGAAACCCUCUUUCCCAUGGUUUGGCAUGGACAUUGGGGGGACUCUAGUAAAGCUCUCCUAUUUUGAACCUAUUGAUAUCACAGCAGAGGAAGAACAGGAAGAAGUUGAGAGUUUAAAAAGUAUCCGGAAAUAUUUGACUUCUAAUGUAGCAUAUGGAUCCACUGGUAUUCGGGAUGUACACCUUGAACUGAAGGAUUUAACACUUUUUGGCCGAAGAGGGAACUUGCACUUUAUCAGAUUUCCAACCCAUGACCUGCCUACUUUUAUCCAAAUGGGAAGAGAUAAAAAUUUCUCAACAUUACACACGGUGCUAUGUGCUACAGGAGGUGGUGCUUACAAGUUUGAAGAAGAUUUCCGCACAAUUGGAAACCUCCACCUGCACAAACUGGAUGAACUUGACUGCCUUGUAAGGGGCUUGCUGUAUAUAGAUUCUGUCAGUUUCAAUGGACAAGCAGAGUGCUAUUAUUUUGCUAAUGCCUCAGAACCUGAGCGAUGCCAAAAGAUGCCUUUUAACCUGGAUGAUCCCUAUCCACUGCUGAUAGUGAACAUUGGUUCAGGAGUCAGUAUUUUAGCAGUCCAUUCCAAAGACAACUACAAACGAGUAACUGGGACAAGCCUUGGAGGGGGUACCUUUCUGGGUUUAUGCUGUCUGUUGACUGGCUGUGAAAGUUUUGAAGAGGCUCUUGAAAUGGCGUCCAAAGGUGACAGCACCCAAGCUGACAAGCUGGUCCGUGAUAUUUAUGGAGGAGAUUAUGAAAGAUUUUGUCUCCCAGGUUGGGCUGUAGCAUCUAGUUUUGGGAAUAUGAUUUAUAAGGAGAAGCGAGAAUCUGUUAGUAAAGAAGAUCUAGCAAGAGCUACUUUAGUUACUAUCACCAAUAACAUUGGUUCUGUGGCACGAAUGUGUGCUGUUAAUGAGAAAAUAAACAGAGUUGUCUUUGUCGGAAACUUUUUACGUGUCAAUACUCUCUCAAUGAAACUUUUGGCGUAUGCACUGGAUUACUGGUCAAAAGGUCAACUGAAAGCAUUGUUUCUAGAGCAUGAGGGAUACUUUGGAGCAGUUGGUGCACUUCUUGGGCUGCCAAAUUUCAGCUAAAAAGCAUCAGGUGUCUCUCUGCUAAUAAAUGUCAUUCAAGAGGAACUGAAACAGAGGCAUCAUUACUGGGAACCAAAGGAUAGCAGAGUAGCGCUACUGCUGUUGAUUUUUAAAUGUCACAAUGGGAAGCUGCUAAAAGUUGCCAUAUUAAAAGAGAGAGCUCGGUAAUAUGUGAAGUAUUUCUAAUUGAAAUGCUUUCCUUUCUGUAUAUAGCCAGUGUUAAAUCCUUAAAUGCAAUACAGCCUCUGAUUAUUGAGCUUCCUCUGAGAAGAUUUUCUAUUUAUUUUAUGUAGCCAACAUUUCAGUACUGUAUGCUCAAACACAAAUCUUAAAGUCUCAGAAAUGUUUAGCUCCUAAAACUAAUUGAAUCUGAAUAUUUGUAACAAGUGCGUUCUAUGUGUUUUGGUUACUAGUAAGUGGACAGUAACUUAGCUGAUACCCUGUAUCAAACUUCUUGAAAUGGCUAUCAAAGAUGAUCAUUUUGAUGUGAUUUUAGAAAUGUUAAGGCAAUAUUAAUUUUUCAUUAUUGUAGUUUUGUCAACAUUUCCCCCAGCCAAAAAAAGCAUGUUGAUGUGAUCUUUUCCCAGAUGGACAAGCUUUUUCAAAUGCUAUAAUUUAAUUAAAAUACUAUUGUUAAAUAUUAGCCUGAAUUCUAAAAUGUACCCUAGAAAAUGCACAUGAUUGGUGAUACUGCACUUUCUAUAUUUUUUAAGUUAAUCAUUAUGUUUAAAAACUGUUUAUUUUUUAAUUGGAGGCUUAAUUACUUAUUUGAAAGUCCAUUUAAUGAGGUCCCAGGACUCUUCUAAUAGAAUAUGUUUUGCGUGCAUUGAUAGAGGUCUGUGCUCUUUCUGUAGCACAGUUAUCUUGGGCCCAAACUGAAUCAUUUCUGUUUAAUUAGGUCUAACCAUCAAAGCUAGAGACUUUAAUCUAUUAUGAACAGCAGCAAAAUCACAUUUAUUCUACACAGAUGUGAUUGAAAUCUGAAAUACAAGUUUUGAAACUGUAGGCGUCUGGGGCAGUAUUACAGAAUUCUAAAAGGAUCAGUGUUUUAAAAUUCUAGUAAUAAAGGCAUUAUAGUUUCAAAUUUUGUAAGUCCUUUUGCCUUGGAAUUUGUUCUCUAUUUUGAAGUCAUUUUUUAUAAUGUUAGAAUUUUUUUUAGAUUUUGACUUUGGCAGCAACAUUUUGGAGGUCCCGUAGUUCAGCGAAGUUGAUUCAAGACCAUUACUUAAUUAAUGGUUUACAAAGUAGACUUGGAGAAAAUAUUCACCUCCUUAAAUUACCAGUAAAUCUGGAUGCACUAGGGAAAACUUAAAAAUUGUUUACAUUACAGGAAGAAAGAAGUAUUAGUAUGUUUUUAUAGAACAUAAUUUUGCUCCAUAAAGAACAAUUUGCAGUAGAGGUGCUUGACAAAGACAUUUCUCCUUAUACUUUUCAAAUUUUGUGCUCAGAUAUUUAAAAUUCAGUUGCAUUUAUCUAAAGACUUGAACAUAUGAAUAAUAGGAGUGAAUAUUUAGAGAAAAAAGCAUGGAAAGUAAUGGGUUAGAAUUUAGAAUGUUUGGAACUUGGCAUUCAUGUUUGGUCAGUAAGCUGUUUCGAAACCUGACAAUGACUAAACAUCUCUGACUUGACUAUUUCCACUGUUGUGACUAGCUCUCUCUUUACAAAAAGCUACUUGUUCAGUUUAAAAUUUUGUGAUUUGGACAUUUAUAAAAAAAAGUUUUUAUUUUUAAAUGAUAAUUUCAAGUUGUAACUUGUGGCAGACUACAUUAGCAGCUGUAGAUUUAGGGCUCUCUUUAAGAAAGAAAAUGGAGGGGCGCCUUGCUGGCUCAGUCUCUUGAGUACUCAGCUCUUGGUUUGGGCUCAGG